GCAUCUUACGAACAAGCCAAGAAGGAAUGUGUCGAGAAGGUGCAAGCCAUUGUCGACGAGUGCACUCGUCUGAACCAGAAAUAUCGUGACAGACAUUUCGAAGUCGAGCUCGCCCAGCACGAUUGUAUCGUGCCUCUAGUCGAUGCAGACGGUAACUACAGUAACUCAACCAUGAUACAGCCCUCUGGUGUCAAAAGAGUAAAGGACAUAUUCGAGAACCCUACGUUCAACGCGGAAGGAGCCUGCGGCGAUGAUGUUAUGCAAGGCUCACUCGGAAACUGCUGGUUCAUCGCAGCUCUCGUCUCCGUCGCCGCAAAACCGGGACUUAUGCAGCGACUUUGCGUAGCCCGUGAUGAGGCUGUAGGAGUGUAUGGUUUCGUCUUCUUCCGCGAUGGAACUUGGAUACCAGAAAUCGUCGACGAUCGUCUCUUCCUACAUGUCUCCGAUGGGGACGAUCUGUUUAUUGGCAAGUACGUAGAUGAGAGACAGACAAGGAGUACCUUUAACAACAGCAACGACAUCACCAAGCUGAGAGAGACUUUACAAAAAGGGGGUGACGCCUUGUAUUUUGCGCGAUGUCGCGAUAGCCAAGACACCUGGUUGCCAUUGAUAGAGAAAGCAUAUGCAAAAGCUCACGGUGACUAUGGUUCCUUGCAUGGCGGCUGGGUUGGUGAGGGCACGGAAGACUUGACCGGCGGUGUAUCAACAAGUCUUGUGCCAUCGGACAUCUUGGAUAAAUCACUACUGUGGAAACAAUUGAUGCAGGUCAAUGACACCUAUCUCUUUAGUGGCGCAGCAUACCAUUACAGGGAGGCUGGUGGCUUCGGCAAACAUGCGUAUGCAGUACUGCAAGCCGUCGAACACAAGGAAUUGCGACUUCUCAAAGUCAGAAAUCCUUGGGGUAACAACAAGAACCCAGAUCAAGUCGACGGACCUUUCAACCACAAAUUCGAGGAGUGGAACGCUGAGCUUGUCGAGCAGCUCAAAUUUGACUUCAAGGAUCCUGGUGUCUUCUGGGUCACCCUCGACAACUUCCUUCGAUACUUUGAAUCUGUUCAACGCACUCGUCUCUUCGACGAGACAUGGACCUUGACUCAACAAUGGACUUCCAUCGAAGUGCCUGCAGGAGCAGCCACCUACCUGGAAACAAGCUUCCACCUCACUCUGUCUCAUGCAGGUCCUGUCGUCAUAGUUCUCGCUCAACCAGAUGUCUCUUACUUCCAAGGUCUGCAGGGUCGAUACACGUACUGCCUGCAUUUUCGUGUAUACAACACCGGCGAUGGAACCAAGUUCCUGGCACGCAGCAUGCACGUUUCCAGUGGCAACUAUACCAACACCCGUUCAGUCAGCGUAGACCUCAAUCUCGACGCCGGCACCUACAAUAUCCUCAUCAAGAUUGAGCCAACACGAACAUCCUACCGCACUGCAGAAUCUGUCAUCGAAUCCGAGGCACCCUACAGAAAACAAAAACUACUUCAGACGGGUCGUAACUUCGAACUUGCACACGCAAAAGGCAAGCUUCGCGAAAAGGAGGUAGAAGUACGAAGACAGAAAAAGGAACAAGCAAGAGAGAAAACUCGUGAACAACAAGCCAAGAUGAGGAAGCGGAGGCACGAGACAAAAGCUCGAGACAAGAAACGCAGAGAUAGAAUUGCGCAAGAAAAGAAAGUCAGGGAG